AUGUCGAAAGGUGCAGGAUCAUCAGGGGCGCAGCAAAACAAUGGAAUAUUCCACUAUCCGCAGCUAACACACACGAACUACAUCAGUUGGGUGAUUCGUGUACAGGCUAUGAUGGAGGACCAAGGAGUAUGGGAGGCAGUCGAGUCAGUAGAAGGCACAAAGAUUGAUGUCCGACUUGAUAAGAAGGCGAGGUCACAUCUUCUACAAGCACUUCCAGAGGAUCUUCUAAUGCAGGUGGCAAAUAAGAAGACGGCGAAGGAAGUGUGGGAUUGUCUCAAGACGAGGCUGAAGGUCUUCGAGGAGCGUACGCGCAAGAAAAACACAAACUUUGGAGGAAACGAAGGACAAGUGCUACUCACUCAGGAGAAGUCGAAGGCACAGUUUAAAAAGGACGAGGAAGACUCAUUGAACCAGUGGAAAAAGGAUUCCACAGAUUGUGGGACCUGUGGUCAAGGAGGUAGAACCCGAGGUAGAGGCCAAGGGAGAGGAGGCCGAGGAGCACCAUCUCGGAAAGACAAAGAAGGUGGUUCAGGUGGUCGAGGAGCUCCUCGAGACAAGAGUCAUAUUCGUUUUUUUAAUUGCAACAAGAUGGGACAUUACUCAACACAAUGUCGAGCAAAGAAGAAUGAGGUAUCACAUCUUACCCACGCAGACAACGUCGAACCAGCAUUACUUAUGGUAAUCUCGGAGGAGAUUCCUCCAAUCAAUGUUGUCAUGCUGAAUGAAAUGAAGCUGACUCCAGAAAUUCUAGAAGCUAAGAACGAUGAGACAUCAAGAGAUGCUUGGUUCUUGGACAAUGGCGCUAGCAAUCACAUGACUGGCGAUAAAGAGAAGUUCUUUGAACUAGACGAGGCAGUCACUAGAAAGGUGAAGUUCGGAGAUGGUUCUACGGUACAAAUUUGUGGUAAAGGUUCUAUCAUGUUUGAUUGCAAAAAUGGCGACUAG